GUUUUCUCAAAAGAUUUUCAUUCAAUACGAUAACUGAAAAUAUGUUAUCGAUGGUUCAAGUAACAUUUUGGUAACAACAAAAGACAAAGUAAACUAUGGUCAAAAUCUGUGAUUGCAAUGUUGUGUAAUCUGAAAAGAGUUUAUUUAUAUAUAUUUAUAUGUUCGGUGCUGAUAAUUCUAUUUAGCUAUUUUCUUGUUGAAAAUUCAUUCAGGAAAACAUUUUAUGAGCAUUAUAAUGGAGUACAAAUCUCAUAUUUCGAUUCUUCGUCCGAAAUUUCGGACAGAUAUUAUCCAAGAGAAAAACACCUGUUUGAUAUAUCUAAUUUCUUAUUCUUAAUUAAACCUGACUCAGAUUUUUGUUACACAAUCAGUAAUUCCGGGAAAAUAAAAGCAGUUUUUAUAGUAACUUCCUAUUUUAGUAAUGUUGAAACCAGGAGUGCCAUGCGGAGAGCUUUUUCAAAUGAAGAUUUGAAUAAACUUGGAGUUCGUAGAAUAUUUUUGUUAGGGAUUACAGUAGACAAUAAAUACGUCAAUCAAAAUGCAAUUAGAGAUGAGGCUAGAAGAUAUGGAGAUUUAGUACAGGGAAAUUUUCAAGAAGCUUAUAGGAAUUUAACAUACAAACAUAUCAUGGGCUUGAUGUGGGUGAAUAGAUAUUGUGAAAAUGCCCAGUUUGUCAUUAAAAUGGAUGAUGACAUUGUAGUUAACUUGUUGAAGUUACUAGAUCUUUUGAGAAAUAUGGAUUUUAAAGAAGAAUUUAUCAGUGGAUAUGUUCUAAAAGAUUUGCAGGUUAAAAGAGUUAGAGCAAAUAAAUGGUAUGUAACAAAAGAGGAAUAUUCAUCAGAAAUUUAUCCACCGUUUGUUUCGGGUUGGCUCUAUAUUACAACAGUAACAGUCAGUAAAAAACUUGAAAACCUUGCUAGUGGGGAGAAAUAUUUUUGGAUAGAUGAUGUUUUUGUCACUGGAAUAUUAGCUAAGAAAAUUAAUAUAAAAAUGUAUAAUAUCAAGGAGUACUAUACAGAUCAUCCACAAUACUUUCAAUGCUGCCUGAAUGACUAUAAAAAUAACAAAUUAGACUGUGAUAUCAUUAUAGGACCUAAUGGUGGUAGGACAAAUUUGUUUUAUGAAUUUAAUAGUGUUUUUUCUGCAUGUUUCAACGGAAGUUGUAAUGCUCGUUUAUAUAAAAUUAAUGAAUCUUGCUCUACCAGUACAAAAAAGAACUACUUAGGCAGAGGAAAUCCUAUUGUUUCCUCUUAUAAUUUAGUUGGAUAACUAAGAAAAUAUUCAACAGACAACUUAUAACAAAACUUUUGUAAAAAGCAUUUUUUUAAUCUAGAUAUUUUUGUAAUGUUUCUUGAUUAAAUAAUUUGAAAGUUA